GACGUUAGGAACGAAGUCGAACCUGGAUCUGGAGCCGGGUGACACUGAAUUGGGGAUGCUCUCAUAAUGAACAUCAACCAGUCAGCUCCUCCCACGCUGCCGUAUGGGCAGCCCCAGCCUGCCUACCCAGGAUAUCAUCCAGCCAGCUAUGGUGGACAACCAGGGUCCACAGUCCCCCCUGCCUCCUAUGGACCCUCCUACAAUGGCCCAGUACCAGGAUAUCAGCAAACACCUCCCCCAGGCACCCUGGUCCUCAGCCAUUUGGGCCAGCCCCGUUGGCCCCUGUGGUCAGCCAGCCAACUGUGCUUCAACCCUAUGGUCCUCCCCCGACGAGUACACAGGUGACCACUCAGCUGGCAGGAAUGCAGAUCAGUGGUGCUGCGGCCCCAGCUCCUCCCCAGACAGGACUGGACUAUGGCCCACCAACAUCAGGAAGUUUCCCUAACUCUGGUCUGUACGGCUCCUAUCCUCAGGGCCAGGCUCCUCCCCUUAACCUGGCCCAGGGUCAUCCUGGGACUCAGCCUUCCCAGCGGUCUGCCCCACCUCAGGCUUCCAGCUUCACAUCUCCAGCUUCAGGAGGUCCUCGGAUGCCUUCAAUGACUGGUCCCCUCCUGCCUGGUCAAGGUUUUGGGGGGCCCCCUGUGAGCCAGCCCAACCAUGUGUCUUCAACUCCUCCUCAAGCUCUGCCUCCUGGCACCCAGAUGACUGGGCCCCCAGGACCACCACCAUCAGUGCACCCCUCCCAGGCAGGCUAUCAGCUGCAACAAAAUGGUUCCUUUGGACCAGUUCGAGGCCCUCAGCCCAACUAUGGAAGUCCCUACCCUGGAGCACCCACCUUUGGCAGUCAGCCCGGGCCUCCCCAGUCCUUGCCUCCUAAGCGUCUGGAUCCUGAUGCCAUCCCAAGCCCUCAACUCAAUGAGCUGCCUCCUCAGCAGAAAACCAGGCACAGAAUAGAUCCUGAUGCCAUUCCUAGUCCCAUUCAGGUCAUUGAGGAUGACCGAAACAAUCGGGGUUCAGAGCCAUUUGUUACUGACGUACGGGGUCAGGUGCCACCUUUAGUCACCACCAACUUUCUGGUGAAAGACCAAGGGAAUGCAAGUCCCCGAUAUAUCCGAUGCACAUCCUAUAAUAUCCCUUGCACAUCUGAUGUAGCUAAGCAGGCUCAGGUGCCCCUGGCAGCUGUCAUCAAGCCUCUGGCAAGGCUGCCCCCAGAAGAGGCUUCACCAUAUGUUGUGGACCAUGGCGAGUCAGGCCCUUUGCGCUGCAACCGCUGCAAAGCGUACAUGUGCCCCUUUAUGCAGUUCAUCGAGGGAGGGAGACGUUUCCAGUGCUGCUUCUGCAGCUGUAUCAAUGAUGUACCCCCCCAGUAUUUCCAACACCUGGAUCAUACCGGCAGACGUGUGGAUGCUUAUGACCGUCCCGAGCUGUCUCUGGGCUCUUAUGAAUUCCUGGCCACUGUAGAUUACUGCAAGAAUAACAAGUUCCCCAGCCCACCCGCCUUCAUUUUCAUGAUUGACGUCUCCUAUAAUGCCAUCAGGAGCGGUCUUGUUAGGCUCCUCUGUGAGGAGCUCAAGUCACUGUUAGACUUUCUACCUAGGGAGGGCGGAGCAGAAGAAUCUGCAAUCCGUGUUGGGUUUGUCACCUAUAAUAAGGUGCUCCACUUCUACAAUGUGAAGAGCUCACUGGCCCAGCCACAGAUGAUGGUUGUAUCUGAUGUGGCUGACAUGUUUGUGCCACUGCUAGAUGGCUUUCUGGUCAAUGUCAGUGAGUCCCGGACAGUCAUUACCAGUUUAUUGGAUCAGAUUCCAGAAAUGUUUGCAGACACAAGGGAGACUGAGACAGUAUUUGCUCCAGUUAUCCAGGCUGGAAUGGAGGCUCUGAAGGCCGCAGAAUGUGCAGGGAAGCUGUUUCUGUUCCACACGUCCCUGCCCAUUGCAGAGGCACCAGGAAAACUGAAGAACAGGGACGACAGGAAGUUGAUCAACACAGACAAAGAGAAGACCCUGUUCCAGGCUCAGACUGGUGCCUAUCAGACCUUAGCCAAAGAGUGUGUGGCCCAAGGCUGCUGUGUGGCCCUUUUCCUCUUCCCUAAUCAGUAUGUGGAUGUGGCCACGCUCUCUGUGGUGCCCCAGCUCACUGGUGGUUCUGUCUACAAGUAUGCUUGCUUUCAGGUGGAGAAUGACCAGGAACGGUUCCUAAGUGAUCUGUGUCGGGAUGUGCAGAAGGUUGUUGGCUUUGAUGCUGUGAUGCGGGUCCGGACAAGCACUGGUAUCCGUGCUGUAGAUUUCUUUGGGGCUUUCUACAUGAGCAACACCACAGAUGUGGAGCUGGCUGGGCUGGAUGUGGACAAGACGGUGACUGUGGAGUUCAAGCAUGAUGACCGGCUUAAUGAGGAGAGCGGAGCCCUCCUACAGUGUGCCCUGCUCUACACCAGCUGUGCAGGGCAGCGUCGGCUCCGCAUCCACAAUCUGGCCCUGAACUGCUGCACCCAGCUGGCUGACCUGUAUAGAAACUGUGAGACUGACACACUCAUCAACUACAUGGCCAAGUUUGCAUACCGGGGAGUGCUGAACAGCCCUGUGAAAACUGUUCGGGACACACUCAUCACCCAGUGUGCCCAGAUUCUGGCCUGUUACCGAAAGAACUGUGCCAGCCCAUCCUCUGCAGGACAGUUGAUCCUUCCUGAGUGCAUGAAGCUCUUGCCAGUUUACCUGAACUGUGUGUUGAAGAGCGAUGUCCUGCAGCCUGGAGCCGAGGUCACCACUGAUGACCGUGCCUAUGUCCGACAGCUGGUUACCUCCAUGGAUGUGGCUGAGACCAAUGUCUUCUUCUACCCUCGGCUUCUCCCGUUGACAAAGUCUCCCAUUGAGAAUACCACUGAACCGCCAGCAGUUCGAGCGUCUGAAGAGCGUCUGAGCAAUGGGGAUAUUUAUUUGCUGGAGAAUGGGCUCAACCUUUUCCUCUGGGUGGGAGCAAGUGUCCAGCAGGGUGUUGUCCAGAGCCUCUUCAAUGUCUCCUCCUUCAGUCAUAUCACAAGUGGCUUGAGUGUUCUGCCAGUUCUGGAUAAUCCACUGUCCAAGAAGGUGCGAGGCCUCAUUGAUAGCUUGCGGGCGCAGAGAUCACGAUACAUGAAGCUGAUCGUGGUGAAACAGGAAGACAAGCUGGAGAUGCUGUUCAAGCACUUCCUGGUGGAAGACAAGAGCCUGAGUGGGGGAGCAUCCUAUGUGGACUUUCUCUGUCACAUGCACAAGGAGAUUCGGCAGCUGCUGAGCUAGAUCAAGUGGGUAAAUGGCAUAGAGUCCCAGGCCAGCUUCCAGAAAGUACUCCAGACGACAGUUCCAUAUCUUAAAAGUCAUGUAAGCUGAAGCCACUUCAGUGGGGGAAGGGGGAGGUAUAAGGAGACACCU